AUGACGGAAAAGGGCUUUCGAAUUGCUUCGGAAGUCAACAAAGAAGGAUGGGAAAAGGCGCAGUUUCCAAUCCUCUGUGAGACAUGCCUAGGUGAUAAUCCCUACGUGCGCAUGCAGAAGGAAGACUACGGCGUCGAAUGCAAAAUCUGCGUGCGACCCUUCACCAUCUUCCGCUGGAAAGCGGGGACCCAGGGCAGGUACAAGGCCACAGUGGUGUGUCAAAGUUGCGCCAAGGUGAAGAAUGUUUGCCAGACCUGUCUCUUUGACUUGGAAUAUGGCCUUCCUGUGCAGGUGAGAGACAAAUACCUCGAAGAGCUGGGAGCCAACAAGGUGGCGUUGCCCCACAGUCGGGUAGGUCGCGACUAUCAGCUCCAAAAUGCCCAGGCAGAUAAGGAUGGUGAAGAUCUUCCCUAUGGCAAGGUGGGAGCCCAUCCCAUGCUCCAGCGCCUGGCAAGAAUGACGCCCUACUACAAGCGGAAUGAGGCCAGAAUUUGUACCUUCUAUGUGAAGGGUGCGUGCAAUCGAGGUCAGGAUUGCCCCUUCAAGCAUGAAUUACCGCAGGGAGGAGAGUUGGCCAACCAGAAGCUUAGGGAUCGUUUUCAUGGCGAGAACGACCCCUUGGCUGCGAAGAUCAUGAGGAGAGCUGAGGAGGAUCUCACACUGAUGCCUCCUGAGGACAAGUCCAUCACCACCUUGUACCUUGGAGGUUUGCCCGCAGGCACCAUCCCAGGCACCAAGGAGAAGGAGAUCCGAAACCAGUUCUACGUUUUUGGCGAGAUCCGAAGCAUCCGAAUGGCGCCCAAGCAGAGUUGCGCCUUCGUCACCUUCGUGAAGCGAGAGGUGGCUGAGCAAGCGGCCAAGAAUACGCACAAGAUCCUGAAGAUCAAUGGCAACAAGGUGCACGUCACUUGGGGCCGCCCGCAGGUGAAGAAGGAGCAGGAGGCGGCCAAUGCCAUGGCUUCCGGCUCUGCGGCGCCAGCGCAGGAUACCUAUCGGCCCUACUAUCCCUCUAUGGAUCCUUCGGCACAGGGCAAUGCUCCACUACAGGGAGAGAGACCCGAUGAGCGUUCCAUUCCCAAAUAA